AAAACUCUACGGGUCCGCUGCCGAUCGUCUUUACCGAGGUAGAAUGAAUGAAGCAAAGGAAGCAGAAGCUCGAGGAUAUGUUGAGCAGGCGAAAAAGAAAUCCAAGGGAGGUUUCCUCUCAUUCAUGUCUGGAAGUGGGGAUAAAAUUCAAGAAAUGGUCUCCUUGUACGAAAAGGCCGCCAACUGUUACAAGAUGGCGCACAAUUGGACUGAAGCCGGGAAUGCGUUUCUUGAAGCGGCACGACUGUGUAUUCAGGAUAAGGCGAAGCAUGAAGCGGCCACACAGUUCGUGAAUGCAUCUACUGCAUUUAAGAAAGUCGAUCCACAGCGCUCCAUAGAGUGCAUAAAUCAAGCCAUUGAAAUAUACACCGAAAUGGGUCGGUUCUCAACAGCAGCGAAGCAUCACAUGACAGUUGCGGAGAUCUACGAGACCGUACUGGUAGACUUGGAGCAGGCUAUUCGGCACUAUGAACAAGCGGCCGAUUAUUUCAAGGGUGAGGAGUCCAAUAGCUCGGCAAUGAAAUGUCAACUCAUGGUUGCCCAGUUGUCCGCCACUUUGGGGCAGUAUAGCAAAGCCGCCGAUAUCUUCGAAGAGGUGGGAAAAGCGUCGAUGGAAAACAAAUUACUCAAAUACGGAGCUAAGGAGCAUCUUUUCAAGUCCUCCAUCUGUCACUUCUGUGUGGAUUUGAUAAAUGGUCAGAAGGCAUUAAAAACAUUCGAGGAGUCAUUUCCAAUGUUUGCUGACUCUCGUGAAUGCACCCUGAUGAAGAAACUAUCAGACGCUCUUGAACAAGAAAACGUGGAGGCGUUUACAGCGGCGGUUCAAGAGUACGACAACAUCACCCGUCUCGAUCCUUGGAUUACUUCGUUGCUUCUGAAACUCAAGAAGACCAUUGGCGGUGACGAUGAAGAUAUCACCUAG